AUGGGCGCGUCAAGCGCGUUGGGUGCGGUGGUUGUUGGUGAUGGCUUUAUAGGAGGAGAGAUUUGGAAAAUUCAAGAUCCUAAACACGCCGAGUCAUGGCACCCGUCAAUGGAGUACACCAGCUGUGAGAUCAGUGAUCUCGUGCCUGGACCGCAAGCUGUCACAUUCAUGGGUCGAGUGGCCAACAUGUUUGAUGUACAGCAGACGCCCAAGUCACCUCGUGCAGCGAAAGGAUGCUGCAAACUUUGUGUCAAAGAUCGCGACAAUACCAUCACGGUUCGAGUGUGGUAUGCUACAUGCAAGCCAAAUUUGCGUUUGGGCCCACUCGUUUCCAUCUGGACCUGUCAUAUAAGCCACAGUGAAAGUGGAACACUCUCGAGUCCUCAAACACCUCUCUUCACUUCUCUAUUCCCUGAGCGUGAUCGUAAUUGCAGCAUCAUGAUUCAUGAAAAUAGCGACAAUGCACAGAUGUACACCUCUCCACUCGGAUAUCAAGUCGGCGAGCAAUUGGAUGGCCUCAUGACACUGCGUAGCUUCAUCGAGGGCGGCCACGAGUUGGCGAAGCCGAAAAUUUUGGUUAUGGUGAAAAGCAUUGGAGACAAGAAGACAAUUACACGCAAGGACAACACUACGUGUGAGACAGCAUCUUUGAAAGUGUACGAUGACACAGGCGAGGCCACAGUUGGUCUAUGGGGGUCUGCUGCCUCAUCCCCUUUCCCGGCUCGAUGGACGCCUGACGCGACCACGCUGUUGCUUACGGCACCCGGCUCAAAGAGUCGCAGAGGUACUUACCUGAGCCUAAAUAGCACCACAAUCGUCGAUGUUGACCCCUCGAUACCAGACGCCGAGUGGCUGCGGAAAUGGUCGACGCGGCAAAAAAGCCGAGAUGCGAUCAAUCCAGCAUUUCCAGAAGACUCCUUCAACCUGAAAGCUAUCUUGCAUGGUCGUAUCCGAUGUUUCUACACCCUUGCUGAUCUUGACGAAUGCGCCCGAGCCGCGCCUCUCGACAAUUUUCAUGGUUUUCUCAGCUUGAUCAUCAUGGAAAUGAAGCUGGUACAUUGUUGGAAAGCCCAAAUGCUACUGUCCGGCGAAUGCUGCUCUGAGCCAAUAUAUGCCAACCAGCAGACAGUCCAGUGCAAGAAGUGCCAGCGUACCCUGCAACUUCGCCUGAACCCAAAGAUUGUCGGCUAUGCCAUCGAUGAGACGGGCGUAAUCUCCUCGGGCAAAUUGCUACUUUCUGAUCAAGCUUGGCACGAGCUGCUCGGCAGGGACGUGGAAAGCCUUUUGCGACUGGACUCUGACCAGAUGGAGCUACUUUCGGACCGUAUCACUUUCUGUCGUCUGACGUUCAUAUUUGGAUGGAACGGCUGUAUCAACGAAGUCGGAGGUCGGAUCUGCGUGCUCGGGGUUCGCAGUUGUUAA